CUCUCACUUUCUCUGCAGAAAAACAGAUCACCAUUCUGUUCUUACAGAGGGGCCGUGGGAUGUGUCUGGGGUCAGUUUGGUGCUGAUAGAAAAGCUCCCAGCCUUGAAAAGAACAUCCUGUUCCCAGGCCUGAAGAUAUUGAAACAUUAAUUAGGUAAAUUUAUAGUAGAGCUUUCUUCUGCCAUGUCCGAAGAAGUGACCUACGCGACACUCACGUUUCAGGAUUCUGUUGCAGCAGGAAGUAAUUGGGAUGGAAACAACCUAAGGAAAAGAGGGUAUCCAGCUCCAUCCCCCGUAUGGCGUCAGGCUGCCCUGGGUCUGCUAGCGCUUUGUCUGAUGCUGCUGAUUGGGUUGGUGACCUUGGGGAUCAUGUUUUUGCAGACAUCAAAUGAAUUUAACUCAGAUUCAGAGAAACUGAGUCAGCUUCAGAAGGUCAUCCACGAACAGCAGGAUAACUUAUCCCAGCAGCUGAGCAACCACAGGAGCUUCCCCACGGAGGAAGCAUCUCUCCAGUCACAGAUCUCCAGCCUGUUGAAGAGGCAGGGACAAAUGGCCAUCAAACUCUGCCAAGAGCUAAUCACUCACACUUCAGACCAUAAAUGUAAUCCUUGUCCUAAGACGUGGCAGUGGUACCAAAGCAGCUGCUAUUAUUUUGCAACAAAUGAGGAGAAAACCUGGCUCAACAGCAGAAAAAACUGCGUGGACAAGAACGCCACGUUGGUGAAGAUAGACAGCUUGGAGGAAAAGGAUUUUCUGAAGUCACAGCCAAUACCUAAGUUUCCUUUCUUCUGGUUGGGAUUGUCAUGGGAUCCAUCUGGCAGACGUUGGCUCUGGGAGGACGGCUCUGUCCCCACUCCAUCCUUAUUUAGUGCUAAUGAAUAUGCCCAGGUCAAUGGAUCCAAAGGAUGUGCCUAUUUUCAAAAAGGAAGUAUUUAUAUUUCCCGCUGUAGCGCUGAAAUUUCUUGGAUUUGUGAGAAGACGGCUGCAUCAGUGAAGAUUGGAGAUUUGGAUGAAUAAGUACUCCAAAUUCACCACGAAGUAAGGGGUUUGGGAUCAAGCUUAUGUGAGGAAGGACCAAAACUACACCAUGAGAGCAAAAAACAGAUGAAAAAGUAACUAUGUAUUUGAACUCUCAGGCAAAUAAACUUGCUUCGCAGAACA